AAGGCGCUGGCCGGUGUCCGUGAUUAAGGCUUUGCUUUGCACGAAAGAAACAAGAAAGAAGUUCGUGGCAGUUGUACACUUGUACUCGUCACAUUCAAAAGCGCAUAUUCGUAAAUAACUAAAUAAGCAACAGAUUUAACCUUGAUUCCUCGCUUGAUUCCAUUCAGUCUCAUCUUUAGCCAUACUCUAGCUUCGCCGUAUAACAUCGAAAGAUUGGUUUUUGAUUAUCUGAAAGAUGGGUAUUUUGUUGUCAUAUAAACUGGGUGUGGCGUCGAUUCUUUGUCUGGCACGUUUUGCUUCUUUAGAAUCAGAAUUUUCCGAUCCUACCUCAUUGAAGAGUCUCGAGGAUAAACCGCUGCCGAUAAAAAUUUCCUCGGUGCUUUACAGAUCCGUUUGUAUUAAUAUUUACGACAGUCAAACAACUUCGAGCAACAAGAAGAUUUAUUUCUAUUCGCCUAUUGCUGUACUAAAUCACAUGAAUGUCAUUUCUGUUUUUCAUCAAACGUCCACUCAAGGGUUUCUCAGUAUCAGUUUUGCAAUUUGGAAUCAAGAAAUCAGAACUAAAGUGGUUCAACACCUCACCCAGAUAUUCAACCAACAAAUCGAGCCGAAUCAAGUGCGAGUCUUUCAUUUCAACAGUGUCAGGCUGACCGGCAGCAAACUGAAUUUUGCUGAUUUCUCGUUGACUAAUGAAUGGAUUGCGUACAAGGAUCAGCCAUCACUCAGGUUUAGUCUGAUCUGCCCGACACGAGAAGAUUGCGAUCGUGUGAAGACUGAAAUGCUCAGCAAUCCCAAACAGUUUGAACAUUUGCGACUUGAUUUCAAUCCUGAAUUGAAAGAUGAUACUUGUUUCAAUAAUAAUGGGGUUAAAAUAACCCAAGAAGAUUUUUCAAUACAAGUUAAAGAGUUACUGACAAACAUCGAAGCCAAAUUAAUGAAAGAGCUGAAUGCCUUUAGGGAAGAUGAAGAAAUUUCAAAAAAGUCAAUAACGGCAGCAUGCGAAGUCGCUAAUGAAAAUUUGAGAAUGGCACUACAAGAAACUAAAAUGGAUUUUUCAACAACUUCACGGAUGUUAGCUGAUAAAAUCAUAGUCACUGAAAAAAAUCUGGCAGUGGCUUUGGACAACUUAAAAAUGACUUGGAACGAAUUAACGAAAACGAAGGCCGUCGUUGAGGAAAUGUCGGCAAAAUUGAACGACAAAGACAAAUGUAUCGGAUGCUCGAUCGGAUGCGCCAACGUCAAAUCGCCUUCCGUCCAUUUCUACGUCCAGAGAAAUUCUUCAUUCUACACAACUAAAACUCCGAUUCCGUUCGAUUUGGCGGUGGUGAACGAAGGGAACGCUAUGGAUUUGACAUCGGGGAUAUUCACGGCUCCACUGUCAGGAAUUUAUUACUUCUCCUUCACUGGUUUGGUGGAAUUUCCAUCUUCAUCAUCUUAUGUUUAUUUAGGAAUUGGUCUUUAUUUGAACGGAGGUCAUAUAGGAUCGGGUUUUGUUGAAGCGGCAAACACUCUCUCUGGUCAAAACGAUCAAGUAACCCUUAAGCUUACGCUGAACUUGAAAAACAGAGAUCGAGUUUGGGUGGAGAUUGAUAACUGGUCAGCAGGGGUGGCGAAGUUGUAUGACGACUAUAGCCACUACACCCAUUUCACUGGUUUCAUGUUGAAGGAGGAGGAAAAUGUCGCGUCCCUUUGAGGUUUCGUGUUAUUCUGUCUGAAAUUCACAUAAUAUUAAAUCAUAAUUCAAAACGCUUUUAGAAGUGAUAAGUGGUCAGUGGGAAGGUACUUGCAAUUGAUUUUUUGCAAGGUAGUAUGAAUGGGUGUGAAUGGAAUCUAUAUGUAUAUUGGAAUUACAAGCAAUCAAUUCCACAACACUUUCGCCGGACUUUCUUUUUAUUAACAGUGUAUUAUUAUUAUUAGGAUAUUUCGUACAUAACUCGCGUGUAACGAAAGCUUAGGAUAGGAGAUAGGAUGGAGUCGCAUAGCAAGCAUGCCGGAUAACCAUUGAAAUAUUAAAUUACUUGAAAUUCA